AGAAACGAGCUGCUGUGGAUGGAGAACCUAACAAUGGCGAUUCCUCUCAAACAGCCGAUUGUGUUUGAACUUGAAGGCUUCUAUAUACCUCCAGGGUUUGGCCCUUUACUGUUCUUCCUGGCUCUGUUUACCUACAUGUUGGUGUUGCUGGGCAAUGGUGUCGUAGUAUCUGUGAUUGUUAUUGACAAGAACCUGCACAGACCCAUGUUUGUAAUGGUGUGCCACCUGCUAGUCUGUGAUCUUUUGGGGUCCACAGCUGUGCUGCCUGGUCUCAUGAUGCAGUUCUUGAUGGGACAGAAGAGGAUUGCAUACAUCCCAGCCAUUGCCCAGGCCUUUUCUGUGCACACAUAUGGGGUAGCAAUGCAGACUAUUCUGGGUGUGAUGGCCUACGACAGGUACAUUGCAGUCUGUGAGCCUCUCAGGUAUCACGCCAUCAUGACCUCGGCUCGGCUGCACUCCUGCUGCGCCCUGGCCUGGUUGCUUGCUCUGCUGCUUGUGGCUGUGCUCUUCAGCUUCCACAUGAAUGUCCCGUUGUGUGGCAGAGUCAUUCUGCAUGUUUACUGCAGCAACCGGGGGAUCCUAGGCCUGGCUUGCAUUCCCACACCUGCCGGUGACAUCUAUG